CUUGUUUACGUGGAUCCUUUUGGAUCUAGAAUGGCGCGAUAGACUCUCGGACUCCCAUCGCAGAAUACUUCCGCAGAUCAUGUCUAAAGCCGUGGUGAAGACGACCUUCGAGGCGUCUCGCACACUUCGUCCUAUCUACACCGGAGGAAGCACUGCGCUCGAUGCCAGUGGCCGUUUUCUGGUGACAUGCAUCAGUGAAGAUGCUCUUGUGGUGGACUUGGAGACUGGCGAUCAGGUCGCCAGUCUUGAAGGAGAUGGCAAAAUUAUCACAAGCUUAGCCAUUUCUCCGUCGGCCUCUCAUGUCGUUCUCUGCUCUCGGUCAAUGUCUAUGCGAAUCUACUCUCUUUCCCCUCUUGACGAGUCCACGCGUACGAUCGACGCAAAACUAGCCAGAAGUCUCAAGCCUCACACGGCACCCGUCGUGACGACUGCAAUCGACCCCACGGGCACUCUACUGGCGACUGGUGCUGCGGAUGGCUCGAUCAAGGUCUGGGACAUUCGAGGCGGUUAUAUCACACAUACCUUCCAUGGCCAUGGAGGUGUCAUCUCAGCCCUGUGCUUCUUUCAGGCGCCCGACGUUACGAACAAAUCGUCCUCAAGUAAGAGGAAGAACAAGAACCAAACGCACGACUCCGAUGAAGACGAGAAUCCGGAAAGCUCAACCGGUGUAUUCCGGCUCGCAUCCGGAGACGAGGAGGGCAAGGUCUGCGUGUGGGAUUUGAACAAGAGAAAGCCCAUCGCGUCGCUCGAGUCUCAUGUAUCGGUUGUGCGCAGCCUCUCAUAUUCGCCCUCGGAGAAUGCCUUGCUUUCGGCCAGUCGCGAUAAGACUGUCAUCGUGUGGGACAUGCGGACAUUCAAAACACGGAGGGUCAUUCCGGUUCUCGAAAGUGUGGAGGCUUCCUGCUUUGUCGCCGACAGUGGUUUGUGUUUGGCUGCGGGCGAAAAUGGUCGCUUGCGCGUGUGGGACUGCAAUCGUGGAGGAGAGGUCACUGCGGAUCAAGAGCCUGCUUCUGAAUAUGAGGCCGUCGUGGCGAUUCAAUACUCUCCUGGCAUGCCAUUUGCACUGACAGUGCAUGCCGAUCAGACCAUCCGGUUCUAUUCUUUGGAGCCCUUGUCCAGCUAUACGCCAGGGACUAAACUGGAUCCUUUGCCGAUCAUUCGCCGCAUCUCGGGCAACGACGAUGAUAUCAUCGAUCUCGCAUAUGUCGGUCCUGACCGUUCAAUGCUGGCUCUGGCCACAAAUACCGAAAGUAUCAGGAUUGUGUCGGUAGGACCAUCCGAAGACCGGCCAUCUGCAGAUGGUGAAGGAUACUUUGGUGCCGAUAUCACACACCUUGAGGGCCAUGACGACAUCAUCAUUUGCAUUGAUGUGGAUUGGUCUGGCCAUUGGCUGGUCACUGGCGCAAAGGACAACACCGCACGUCUCUGGCGUCUCGACCCCAAGUCUUCGUCCUAUACUUGCUUUGCAAUCUUCACCGGUCACGCCGAGUCGUUGGGCGCUAUUAGCUUCCCCCGAGUCCCGCCCCCGGCCAACACCCCUGCUUAUAACGACCCUUCGAACCACCCUCCUGCUUUCUUACUCACGGGCUCCCAAGAUCGGACCAUCAAGCGUUGGGAUAUUGGAAAAUUGCCACCGCUGAGCUCGUCCAAACCCCACCACCCCAAGGCUGUCUACACUCGGAAAGCUCACGAGAAAGAUAUCAAUGCUCUGGACGUCAACCCUUCGUCGACAUUAUUCGCAUCCGCCUCUCAGGAUCGUACUGUCAAGAUCUGGUCCAUCGAGGAUGGUUCCACGGUGGGUGUUCUGCGCGGACACAAGCGAGGUGUCUGGUCGGCACGUUUUGCCCCUCGAGGCACGCCUAUCUUAAACUCUGACAGUGGAACGAGCACCAACAGAGGUCUGAUUGCCACGGGAUCUGGUGACAAGACCAUCAAGAUUUGGAGUCUGGCAGAUUACAGCUGUCUUCUCACCUUCGAGGGCCACACGAACAGUGUGCUUAAGGUAAUCUGGCUUCCACCUUCGGAUCUGUCCCACCAAGAAGAGGAUGAGGAAGAAGACUCCGCGCUGGGACAGAACACAGCCGCACAGAUGCGGCCUUUGGUGGCAUCUGCGGCCGCUGAUGGCCUGGUCAAGAUCUGGUCUCCGUACUCAGGCGAGCUUGAGACUACUCUCGAUAACCACGAGGAUCGUGUGUGGGCAUUGGCAAGCCCGACGCCAUCUGGAUCUCGUGAAGACGUUGCAUCUCCCGCCACAUUCAAGACCUCGUCUCCCUAUGGUCUUGUCUCUGGCUCCGCUGACUCCACAGUCACUUUCUGGACCGACACCACUUCUGCCACUUACACGGCUGCAGUGAAUGCCAAUUCGGCGCGUGUUGAACAGGAUCAGCAGCUCCAGAACUAUAUCCGGGCCGGUGCUUAUCGCGAAGCCAUCACACUUGCGCUUCAGUUGAACCACCCCGGCCGACUCCUCUCCCUCUUCACUUCCGCCAUCGAUGCUGCUGAUGACCCGUACUCCACCGAGGCAAAGAAUACCGACAACGAGAACAGCCUCACGGGCAAUGCCUCCAUCGACGAGGUUCUCCAAACCCUCGACCCCGAUAACCUCCGCACCCUUCUUCUCCGCGUCCGUGACUGGAACACCAACGCACGCACAUCCAGAGUGGCCCAACGGAUCCUGUUCGCCCUCUUCCGGUCCUAUCCGGCCUCGACGUUUGUCGAGCUUGCAACAUCCGGCAAGGCCAAGCGACGCGGCACUGAUCGCUCUAGUGCAGGUCUGAAAGAUAUCCUGCAGGCUCUGGCUGCCUACACGGACCGCCACUACCGACGAAUCGAGGAACUCUCCGACGAGAGCUAUCUCGUGGAGUGGGUUCUCGCGGAGAUGGAUGGUGGUGUGGGCUUGGGCGGAUUGGGCGCCGCGAGCACAUACGACUUCUUUACCGAUUCUCUGGAGGACAGUGCUCCUGAACCCGAGAAGGAUGUGGUCAUGCUGGGGUCGUGAAGACGAGGACAACAACGGAUCCUAAGACAGGAUCCCGGCUAUGAAUGAGAAUAUGUAUAGAUAGACCAAAAUAAUCUGCUUUGGAAGUAUAUUGUGAUACACUGGCGCUAUGAGCGGAGUCCUGCUGCCUUG